AUGUUGCCGUGCCUCUGCAGUGCUUCUAGUGUGGCCCAACAUUGCAAAAAGGGCAUGAAUCACGUGCCAGAGUCACAGCACAUCACAACAGUCAACAGCAGUGCGAAACGACAGGAACGUCCGGAAGAGGACGCAUCGCAACAGUCGAAACAUGCUCCCAGGACUUGCAACUUGACUUUUGACUGUCUUGACUUCAACUUGACAUAUAGUCAUAUCAUAUCCGCAAGAACAGUCAGACUCAUAGACUCAUCGUUUGAGGCCCCUAAGUCACUGAGGCUCGAGGCGGCCGCAGACGAAGCUCUGAGGUGGAGGCAGGUGAAGUUCGACCGUUGGCAGUUUCGCGGGGCGUUUCAGGCUGGUACCCUGUGA